AUGCCGUACACCUCGCCCUUCACUCCUGCCUCCCAGGCAAACACUUCUUCUGCCACUGCAAGCCUCGAAGCUCGCCUCAAGAACUACGAAAAUGCGCUAAAGUCCUCUGAGGCCGAGCUUAAGAGGAUCGCGCCCCUUCUCGAGCGCAAAACAGACAGGAUCACCGCCAUCAACACUGCAUUCAACCAGACCGGGAAAGAAGAUAUAUGGAGGCCAGUUUAUAUUCCUCUUUUAAAGGAGAUUGAGGCAUUGGAAAAGCAGAGGGGUGAAGCGGAGAGAGGUAGGGCGAAAUAUGCGGCUGCUGUCAGAGCGGCACGAUAUAAUUUGACGGCGGCGAAGGAAAGGGAGGAAGCUAAGGGGGCGGAAGCGAAGAAAGGCGAGGAUAAGGAGACCAAAAAGGUUGGAGAGGGCGCUAAGAAAGAUGCAAACCUGAAGGAAGAUUCGGAUGAGGAGAUGCAAGAUGUGUGA